AUGUUGAUUCACCUCCACUUCUCCGAUGCAAAGAUGGGUUUCCUAUCGCAACGAGCCACAGAGGCAGUUGGUGGACUAGAUCUGCCAUGGAGGUUCGCACCGAGGGGGGACUAUGAUGCAGAUCAUAACCCAAAUGGUUUGAUAUCAUUUGGCACAGCUGAGCAUGCCUUGGUUACCAAAGAUCUGAAGGAGUUCACAGACAAGAAUGUCACCAUUUCACAUGAUGAUUUCCUUUAUCGAGGCAGCCAUGCAGGGGGUUCUCGCUUCCCAAAAGCAUUAGCUGCCCACCUUAAUGAAUACCUCCAGCCUUACAUCCCUGUAACUCCUGAUAUGAUUCGAUGCGUCGGUGCUGCUACUGCAAUGCAUGAUAUUCUCGCAUGGGGAGUCGCGGAUCCUGGUGAUGGUGUACUGACCAGCAGGCCUGUAUAUGGCCGGUUCGAGCUUGAUUUUGGUAACAUGUCUCAAGUAAGAGUCGUAUACUCCAACAAUAAGAUAGAAGAAGCGUUCCAAGAUGAUAUCGUCGAGAUGUUCGAGGAGGCGUUGUUGCGCUCUCGGAAGGCCGGGAUUAAUGUCAAGAUGGUACUAAUCGUCAAUCCACAUAACCCCCUUGGACGCUGCUAUCAUAAGUCAACGCUCAUCAGUAUAAUGCGAUUCUGCCAGAAACACAGACUGCAUCUCCUGAGCGAUGAGAUAUACGCCUGCUCCGUUUUCAAUACAGAUGAGCCUGCAGUUCCCUUUGCCUCAAUACUUUCAAUUGAUCCGACUGGAAUUAUAGAUCCAGAACUUCUUCAUGUCACUUAUGGUCUUAGCAAAGACUUCGGCGCGGCUGGUCUUCGGCUCGGUGCCAUCAUCACUCGCAGCCAACCAGUCCUCCGGGCAAUCGAAGCGGCCAUGCGAUUCAACAACCCGUCUGGAGCGAGCUUAGCUAUUGGAAGCGCCAUGCUUGAGGAUAGACCGUGGUGUCGAGCUUUCAUCGACUCUUCAAGGCUAAAGCUUGCCCAAGCCCAUCGACAUAUCACAUCCCAGCUCAGCGACAUGGGUAUCAAGUACUUACCCGGCAGCAAUGCAGGGUUCUUUGUCUGGGUUGAUCUAUCCCCAUACCUUCCAUCUGAGCUAGAUGGAGAGCUGAAUCAAGAAUUUGCUCUCGCGAAGAGGUUGCACCAGGCGGGCGUCUUUCUACAUCCUCGCGAAGAGCAUUCUACCGAGCCGGGAUGGUUCCGAAUGGUAUAUUCGCAAGACUCAAGAACUGUCACCGAGGGGCUCCGGAGGAUCCAUAAGGCGAUAUCUUAG